GCUUCCGGCGCGCGCUGAUGACGCAAGCACACACCGGAAGUAGCCGGAAUUCUAGCAAUAAAAACUUCUGGGAAAUGUAGUUUUAUCUUUGGGUUAUAGUAGGCGCUUAUCUGUGUCCUCCUAAUCAGUCUCUUUGUUUUCAUCGGUUACAUAAAGUUGUGAUAAAUAAGUCAGAAAGCGUUGUAGGGUUCCGUGUUCGCAACAAAAUGUCGGAAUUCCCGGAUAACAAAGGCUCCCAGGAAUCCUGUGGGUUUUCACUAACCAAGGCAGUGGAGGAUGUCAGUCAGCGCAGCCACACCCAGACCGAGACCCUGAGAGAGAAACAGAAAACUCUGAAAUCCCUGCAGGUACAACUUCACCAUUUGUCUGAUGAAACUUUGCUCACAGGCGACUUUUGGACGGCUCUGGAUGCCGUUGAAAAGGAAAUUCCACAUGUGGAGCGCCGGCUGAGGUCCAGGUGGAGAGAAAUCCGCCUGCUGGACGGAGAGAUGGAGCAUCUGGAGAAGCAGAGAGCGCUGCUGCAGGACCGCUGUGCCGGCAUCAACAAGGAGAACGUAAAGCUGAACGUGCUCUUGCAGGACGAGGAGGAGUCCGCCCGGUCCGCUCUGGAAAAAUUCAGCGCGUACAGGAACAAGAUGAAAGGCCACAAAGACGCCGUCCUGCAGGCUGCGAGCCAGACGGAGGCCCACAGGGAGCUGACGGAGAACCGGAUGCUGGUCUUGAAGCUGAGGCAGGAGAAGGAACAGCUCCAGGAGGAUCUUCAAAACCCAAACGGGAUAACCCUGCAAACGGCUAAGGUGCAAAACAUACACAAAACGAUUUUAAAAGUAGUUGGUUUUUGUAAAUGUUCUUCUGUCCAGGAGGAAAUCGAUGCCCUGAAGAGAGAGAUCUCUGAGUGGAAGACAGCCAUCGCCGAAGGAAGGGAACAACUGAAGAAAGAGUUUGAGAUUCAUGCAAAGCUAAAGAGAGAUAUCGAGAUCCAAACCAGGCGCUAUGAAGCCAUCGCCAAGCGGCUGCGCUGCCAGCUCAGCAGGGUCCAGGCCGUACACAGGCAGACUUUGGAUGAAAUUUUCCACCUGCAGAAGCAGCUGGCUGAGUUCAAGGGGCAGCAGCAUUCUUCACAAGGUUGAAGAUGUUUAAAGUACAACAUUAUGUUUGUCUAAUCUGGGUUAUUUGUUCUGCUGGAGGACACAUUUAGGCAUUUAAGAUACUUGCUACUUAUAGAACGGUUAGAUUUUUUGUUCCUCGUGUUGAACAGGUGGGGGCAGCGCCCUCCAGUAAAUCUCUAGCUGCGGCUUCUGAUGCGUUUUGUCAUGUUCUGUGUUUAUGCAAACCGCUAAUGGCCUCGAUUUGAGCUUUGCCGAAUCCAACCGCUAAUCCACUGAGAAUUUAUUGAAUAAAGACACGUUCAUCUCCUGUGUG